AUGGGAUUCGACUUCACAGUCUAUAAAGGCUCCAGCGACGGAACCAUCAAAAAAGCCACUACGCACCGCCCCGACCUCUCGCACGACGAUGUCUUCGUCCGCGUCACCCACUCCGGCGUAUGCGGGACGGACCUCCACUACCAGAAAGCGGACAUGGCGCUUGGCCACGAAGGCACCGGCAUAGUCGAACAGACCGGGCCAGACGUCAAGUUCCUGCAGAAAGGCGACCGCGUGGGCUGGGGCUACGAACACGACUGCUGCGGAUACUGCUCUCACUGCCUAACAGGUUGGGAGACGAUGUGUCCAGACCGGAAGAUGUACGCGGGAGCAGACACCGACCAGGGCUCGUUCGCCACGCACGCCGUCUGGCGCGAGGCCUUCCUUUUCAAGAUCCCUGAGGGUCUGAGCAACGAGGACUCGGCGCCGCUGAUGUGCGGCGGGUCGACGGUAUACAACGCCAUGCAUGUGGCCGGGGUGACUUCGACGUCGCGCGUGGGUAUCGUGGGCAUCGGCGGCCUCGGACACCUGGCGAUCCAGUUCGCGGCGAAGAUGGGAUGUCAGGUAGUGGUGUUUUCAGGGACGGACAGUAAGCGCGAUGAGGCGUUGAAGUUGGGCGCUACCGAAUUCUACGCGACGAAAGGGGCCAAGGAGUUAAAGAUCGGGAACAAAUUGACCAAUUUGAUCGUUACGACGAGUGCCCAGCCGGACUGGAACCUGUACACGAGUGUGCUGGACGCUGGCGCCGUCAUCUCGCCGCUGUCUGUCUCCAUGGACGAGUUCAAGUUCCCGUACAUGACUCUUCUAGGCCAGGGCCUGCGCGUGCAGGGCUCUAUUGUCUCGUCGCGCCAGGUCCAUCGAGACAUGCUGGAGUUCGCGGCUUUCCAUGGCAUCAAGCCGAUCAAGAUGACCUAUCCUUUGAACGCGGACGGCGCGAGCGAGUGUUUGAAGGCGUUGAACGAGGGGAACAUCAGAUAUCGGGGAGUUUUGGUUGCCUAAAGUUAGUUUGAUCAGACUGUGCCGAGAGCAUUGGUGUGGUAUUGUGUGAUUAGACGAGAUACCAGGGAGUUUUGUGUCGACGGCGGUUGGUGUUACGGCGCCUAAAAGGAGAU